CUGCACUACGGGACCCUCCUGGGCAGCAGAGCUUGUGCCCACAUGGCAGCAGCUGCCUGGGCCACUGCGUUUCUCAAUUCUCUGCUGCACACAGUCAAUACAUUUUCUCUGCCCCUGUGCCAGGGCAAUGCCCUGGGCCAGUUCUUCUGUGAACUCCCACACAUCCUCAAGCUCUCCUGCUCACACUCAGGCUACCUCAGGGAACUUGGGCUCAUUGGGGUUAGUGUCUGUUUAGGAUUUGGUUGUUUCAUUUUCAUUGUUUUCUCCUAUGUGCAGAUCUUCAGGGCUGUGCUGAGGAUCCCCUCUCAGCAGGGACGGCACAAAGCCUUUUCCACGUGCCUCCCUCACCUGGCCGUGGUGUCCCUGUUUGUCAGCACUGGCAUAUUUGCCUACCUGAAGCCCCCCUCCAUCUCCUUCCCAUCCCUGGAUCUGGCCCUGUCAGUUCUGUACUCUGUGGUGCCUCCACUCAACGAAACGGCUUCUGCCAUCAACUUUGUCUAA